AUAACGGGAAUCGAAACAUGGCUGAAGAGUUUCUCCGCGAUCAUCCAGGGCUGAGGCCCUUCGUUCUCUCCGACGUCCAGCUCACUGGCACCGAAAUCGGCUGUGGGGCCUACGGAAAAGUUGAGGAGGUGGUCGUUCCUGUGGGCGCCGCCGCCAAAACAAUAUACGCCUUCUUGCGAGAAGCCAAAGCCGCGGCCGAGUUCGAGAGGGAAUGUCAGUUGAUGAGCACCCUCCGCCACCCGAACAUCGUCCAGUUUCUGGGCGUCGCUUUCUUUCCAGAAUCUCGACUACCAGCACUCGUCAUGGAGCGACUGCUGACGAGUCUUCACGACUUGCUGGCUCCGGACCCGCCCCCUUCGUCGGGCGCCGUCACGCCGCUAUCUUUCUUCUCCAUGGCUCUCAAGUGCUCCGUACUGCACAACGUAGCGUGCGGCCUAGCCUACCUCCACGAGAGAUCAAUAGUUCACCGCGACUUGUCGGCCAGAAACGUUCUCCUGAACUCGGAGAUGGUGGCCAAGAUAGCGGACCUGGGCGUGGCUCGUAUCGUUCCUCGUUUGAGAGCUGCAGCUACCAUGACAACGGGACCUGGGGCUUCAGUCUACAUGCCUCCAGAGGCCACUGCUCCUACUGCUUCCAACAUUCAAAUGUCAAAAUACGAUACCAGUGUCGAUAUUUUUUCUAUUGGGGUUGUUGCCAUUUUCACAAUCGGUGAAAUUUUCCCCUGUGAUCCUCUUGCUCCAACUUUUGCAGAUGAGAAAAGUGGGGUGGUAGUAGCUCGCACUGAACUACAGCGACGUGCUGAAUACAUGCGAUACGUAAACGAGCAACUCCGUGCCUGUGGCCAGCUCCGUGGGGACCACCCUCUCAUUCGGCUGAUCCAGCAAUGCCUGCAAAAUUUUCCAUCCAAAAGGCCAGGUAUUAGUGAGGUACUACAUCUAUUGGAGGAGGCCAGAGCUGGUGUUAGAGAUGAUGGGAGUGAGAGGAACAAACGUGAACUGGUACGAGCUCUUCAGACCCAGCCCAGGAACCAGAAUUUGGAGCGUGUUCUCCGAGACCUGGUGACAGAGGAUGCUCAUCUCCAGUCCCGUGUGCAGGCAAAAGACAGGGAGAUUGCUCAGAAGGUAUUAUAUAGAGCACACUGUAUAGCAGAUUUAGGGAAUAUAAUAUUUUAUGUUGACUGUUGUAGGAUGAGGAAAGUGAGAGGGAGAAGCAAGCGCUCAGGCAAGAGCUGAGAAGAAAGGAGGCAGAGGUGGCGAGGGCAGAGGAGACUAUCAGGAGAGAGCAGCAGCAGAUUCAGGAGAUGAGACAGAGAGUUAGUCUAGUGUGUGGAGUUGUGUGUUGUGACUAGAGGUCCUCCUGACUGCAGGAGACUGAGUUAGUGCAGGCCAAGGACAGGGAGAUAGCUGUGCUUCAGCAGCAACUGGGGGGAAAGGUGCGCUAUGAAUAUUAAACCAUAAUCACACAGGCUAUGAAUAUCUUUAAGAAUGUAUAUAGUAUUGCACUUAUAUUCUUAUUAAUGAUCACCAUAUUAUUCCCCAUUUCUCUUUUUCAUUGCUCUCUCCCUUUAUUGUGUCCCACCAGUCAGCAUCCUACACAUGUCAGGUUAGUGGACCUGGUCUAACAUCAGCCACAGUCAACCAACCAACACACAUCCUAGUCCAACUAACUGACUCUAGUGGUAGACCAUACUCACUUCCACUGAAUGUCACCGCACAACUUGAGCUCGUUUCAAAAGCCACAAGAACUACAACAAAGUGGCCUUGGUCUAAGAAACAAGAAACUCCACCCGAUGAAUCGCUUGUAUCGGUUGCCAUGACGUCUCCCUCCCAAUUCGAAGUGUCGUACACACCAGUCAGUCGAGGCCAACACAAACUCCGCGUUCAAGUAAACGACAGAGAAAUCAAUGGCAGCCCCUUCACUGUGACCGUGUACCCUGACCCCAGACAACUAGGCCACCCAGUGAGGACUGUGACUGGAUUGGCUUGUCCAUAUCGAAUUGCUUUCAACAGUCAUCAGGAGAUGAUUGUCAGUGAAUGUGGGGGUCAUAGAUUGUCCAUCUUUGACAUCAGAGGACAGAAAAUUCGAACAUUUGGAUCACUUGGUGACAGUCCAGAUCAGAUGAUACUCCCUGCAGGCAUAGCAACGGAUGAUACUGACAAUAUUUAUGUGAGCAGUUGUCACAAGCUGCAGAAGUUCACUAGCAGUGGUGAGCUGACCAAAUGUAUUGGUCGGAGGGGCAGUAAGGAAGGGGAGUUUGAUGAUCCACGUGGAGUAACACUGUAUGACAAUGAAGUGUAUGUGUGCGAUCGCAAUAACCAUCGCAUUCAGGUGUUUAACCUUGACUUGAACUUUGUCCGAUCCAUUGGCUCACCAGGCAAAGGAAAAUGUGAAUUAUAUACACCAUUUGAUGUCAAAUUUGACACUGCUGGGAACAUGUAUGUAGCUGAGUUGCUUAAUGGGAGAGUGCAAGUAAUGGACCCCAGUGGCCAAUUCAUACGAGUAUUUAGUCAGGAAGAAUGGGGAAUACAGCGUCAGCCAUCAGGUCUUCAUAUUGCCGACAAGUAUGUGUAUGUGUCUGAUUUGAGUGGUGAUUGUAUUGUAGUGUAUGAGACCUCAGGUCAGUUUGUCACCACACUUGGAAGACUUGGUGAGAAAGAGGGAGAGUUUCGUAAUCCAUUGUGUAUCACUUCUUGUGUUG